GGGCGUGGGUGCCCUGUUCGUGCCCGCUGCCGGGCUCUUGGAGUUACUGUGAAUGGACCGGGUCUUUUCUCCCCGGCAAGCACCUUUCACAUCCAAGCGGGAAGCGCAGGAUUUUGAACUGGGAAGGGAUGUAUGACCACGUCCUGCGCAGCCUCCUCAUUGUACAAGUGGGGAAACUGAGGUUCAGAGGGGGCGUGUCUUGUCUUGGCUUAGACGGCGAAUUGGGGGUCUCGGCACAUUGUUCCCGGUUCCCAAUUAAGAAUUCUGUUAUAUUUGCAUUUCAUCUAGUCAUUUGGCAGGUCUUUUUGUUGAAGGAGGGAGGUGUCUUCUCAGAGAAGUGUGGCUAGAGAAGAUUGACGUUCAAGGCUUAAAAGCCUGAGUGAUCACCCUAGAAGGUGGAUAAUGGCUGCAGACAUGCCAACAGUGACCACUCCUCUCAGUCCUUUGGUCCAGGUGCCGCAAGAGGAAAACAGUCAGGAGGAGGAGGUCACCACUAUGAUCCUGGAGGAUGACUCCUGGGUGCAGGAAGCUGUACUGCAGGAGGAUGGCCCUGAGUCUGAGCCUUUUUCCCAGAAUACUGGCAAGGGCAUCCCUCAGGAAGAGGCAAUAGCUGGGGGACCACAGGGUGCACUUGGUCGCCUCCGAGAACUCUGUCGACGCUGGCUAAGGCCAGAGGUACAUACCAAGGAGCAGAUGUUGACUGUGCUUCCAAAGGAAAUUCAGGCCUGGCUGCAAGAGCAUCGACCUGAAAAUAGUGAAGAGGCAGUGGCUCUUGUGGAAGACUUGACUCAGACCCUUCGGGACAGUGAUUUUGAGAUACAGAGUGAAAACGGGGAGAAUUCUAAUCAAGAUGUGUUUGAGGAGGUGGAAUCACAUGAGAUGUUCUUGGAAAUGCCCGAAGGGGAAGGUGGUCAGCAGUCUGAUGGGGAGAGUGACUUUGAGAGAGACUGUGGCUCCGGGAGGCCUCAGGGUAAGGACAGCAGGCAGAUGCCAUCCCAGGGCAAGGAAGUUGGCCAGCUCAUUGGCCUUCAAGGCACCUACCUGGGUGAGAAGCCCUAUGAAUGCCCUGAGUGUGGGAAAACCUUCAGCCGGAAAUCUCAUCUAAUUACCCAUGUAAGGACCCACACAGGAGAAAAACACUAUAAAUGUGACGAAUGUGGAAAGAGCUUUAGUGACGGCUCAAACUUUAGCCGACACCAAACAACUCACACUGGAGAGAAACCCUACAAAUGCAGGGAUUGCGGGAAGAGCUUUAGCCGGAGUGCAAAUCUCAUAACCCACCAGAGGAUCCACACAGGAGAGAAACCCUUUCAGUGUGCCGAGUGUGGCAAGAGUUUCAGCAGGAGCCCCAAUCUUAUUGCCCACCAGCGCACUCACACUGGAGAGAAGCCGUACUCUUGCCCCGAGUGCGGAAAGAGCUUUGGCAACCGGUCCAGCCUCAACACGCAUCAGGGAAUCCAUACUGGAGAAAAACCCUAUGAGUGUAAAGAGUGUGGUGAAAGCUUCAGUUACAAUUCCAACCUGAUCAGACACCAGAGAAUCCACACAGGAGAGAAACCAUACAAAUGCACCGACUGCGGCCAGAGGUUUAGCCAGAGCUCGGCUCUCAUUACGCACAGGAGAACUCACACCGGAGAAAAACCCUAUCAGUGCAGCGAGUGCGGCAAAAGCUUUAGCCGCAGCUCCAAUCUGGCCACACACCGGAGAACCCAUAUGGUGGAGAAGCCCUAUAAGUGUGGAGUGUGUGGGAAGAGCUUCAGCCAGAGCUCAAGUCUGAUCGCGCACCAGGGCAUGCACACGGGGGAGAAACCCUACGAAUGUCUGACCUGCGGUGAGAGCUUCAGCUGGAGCUCCAACCUCAUCAAACACCAGAGGAUCCACACGGGAGAGAAGCCCUAUAAAUGUGGCGAGUGUGGGAAGUGCUUCAGCCAGCGCUCGCAACUGGUGGUGCACCAGCGGACCCACACCGGGGAGAAGCCCUAUAAAUGCCUCAUGUGUGGCAAGAGCUUCAGCCGGGGCUCCAUCCUGGUUAUGCACCAGAGAGCCCAUUUGGGAGACAAGCCCUACAGGUGUCCUGAGUGUGGGAAAGGUUUUAGCUGGAAUUCGGUUCUCAUCAUACACCAGCGAAUCCAUACAGGGGAGAAGCCCUAUAAAUGCCCUGAGUGUGGCAAAGGCUUCAGCAAUAGCUCCAAUUUUAUUACACACCAGAGAACUCACAUGAAAGAGAAACUUUAUUGAAGUGGCAGAGAGGGAAAGUGAGGCAGAGACUGGCCUGGGAAAGGGAAUUGUCAGUGCCCCAAAUAGUGAUUUCCCUCUAAAAGAGCCAUUUUUCCUGAACUUUCUUUGGAAUUUUUUGCCAAAAUCUUUUACCCCUGCUCACCCUCACGUCUAGGACACUGUCAUCUUAGUUGGUUGGAGUCAAGCCCCUGUUGGUUCAAGAACAGAGCAUAGGAGUAGAAGGUCCAGAAAGCUGGGUCUUUAUCUGUUACAUUUCAUUAUUUGAUUGACUCUCUCCUGAUUCCUCUGUGCCUCUGUUUCCUCUUCAGUAAAAUGGGGAAAUGUUUCUCCAUGUGGAACUCAUGUGGCCUCCAGGUGAUCUGAGUCCUCAGAGAAAUACUGGAAAUCUGUAUAUGUGGUUCUGGUUGUUUUUGCUGCCACUUUGUUGGGCUAAGGUGCCUUUACACCAAGCUGCUAGCGUCCCAGGGCCCCUGCCCAUGUAGUGUCUUGAUUUCAGGUCAAUAUGAUGGGACUUCUUCAAUUUUGAAUCAUCUACAUGAAGGUAAAACCAUUUUCUGUUUCCAGAAAGUGUCGGGAGCAAACUAGCUUGAGGAAGUAUGGCCUGGAACCUGUGUCCCAAUGUCUCUUCCAUUAUAAGAGGGACUGAGGUCUGCCAGGAAAGGUAUAAACUGAGAUUUGUGUGCUUGCUUUUGUCUCUGCUUGCUGUCCUAUGGUGACUCAGCUGCCAGGGGAGCACAUUGUUCUCAUGGGGUUUGGGUUUGGAGUGUGAAGCCUUCGACCCCCAGCUGUCCAUCCAUGGUGGGUAGCAGUUUUUGUACCAUCAAGGGGGAAAAAUCCUGCACGAUGCAUAAUUAUUUUUCAGUUUUCUAUGCACUUGUUUUCUCCUUGUUCUUGAAUUUUCUAUAUAUGCAGAUCUAGAAUUCCGUCUGAUAGCUUUUGUAUACUAAAAACAUAUUUUUAAGGAAGUGUUUAUCUUGAGGAUAUCAAAAUCCCCUGGAGAGAUUUGGGUUGGAACCAGGAGUUUGCCCUGCAGUUACAUACUUGAUCUUGGUUGCCAUCAUGGCUUUGUUCUUGGAAUUCUGAGCCUUGAAACAAUGAAGAUGAGAAUGACAGCAGAUGAGAGGGUUUGUUACAAGGAAAGAGGAGAAAAUAUAUAAGGCGUCUUUUGGAAACGUGAAACUGCCACCUCCUAUAUAUGGAGCCUGUGCUCAGAAGAGACCUUUUUCUUAGAGGAUGGACACUCAAUAUUGCCUAAUAAAGUAGAGUCCCAUUCUUUUC